GCGGCCCAGGGGAGAGGCCCGGGCUAGGCGGCGGCGCUGCUGCCGGCGAUGCGGCCAUGUUCGUGCAGGAGGAGAAGAUCUUCGCGGCCAAGGUGCUGCGGCUGCGCAUCUGCGCCCUGGACGGCGCCGAGUGGCUGGAGGAGGUGGCCGAGGACACGGCCGUGGAGCGGCUCAAGGAGCGCUGCCUCAAGCACUGUGUACCUGGGAGCCUAGAGGAUCCCAAAACCAUAACCCACCACAAAUUGAUCCACGCUGCUUCAGAGAAGGUCUUAACCGACACGAAAACUGUCUUGGAGGAAAACAUUCAAGACAGAGAUGUUUUGGUGCUGGUAAAGAAAAGAGCCCCCCCGGCCCCUCCCAAGAUGGCUGACGUUUCGGCAGAGGAAAAACGGAAGCAGGAGCAGAAAGCGCCUGACAACGAGGCCAUCCUGAAGGCAACCACCAGCCUCCCAUCCCACAGUGUGGACCGCAGCGUGGCACACCACAAUAUGAGGGAUUUCCAGACUGAACUUCGCAAGAUCUUGGUCUCGCUCAUAGAAGUUGCUCAGAAGUUGUUAGCGCUGAAUCCCGAUGCGGUUGAACUUUUUAAGAAGGCCAACGCCAUGUUGGAUGAAGACGAGGACGACCGGGUGGACGAAAUCGCCUUGCGCCAGCUGACUGAGAUGGGAUUUCCGGAAAGCAGAGCCAACAAAGCCCUUCGCUUAAACCACAUGUCCGUGACUCAGGCCAUGGAGUGGCUGAUUGAGCAUGCCGACGACCCAGCCGUGGAUGCCCCGUUGCCGGGCCAGGUCACGCUGGACAGCGUGGCGGUACCGGGGCCCUCUGCCCUCGCCCCCACCCAGGCCGCCACCGGGGCCAGCCUGGAAGCGAGCCGAGAAGAGCCAAAGGACGAGCUGACUGAAAUCUUCAAGAAGAUCCGGAGGAAAAGAGAGUUUCGUCCAGAUCCACGGGCCGUCAUCGCUUUGAUGGAGAUGGGCUUUGACGAGCGGGAGGUGGUGGACGCGCUCCGGGUGAACAACAACCAACAAAACGCAGCGUGCGAAUGGCUGCUGGGAGACCGGAAGCCCACGCCGGAGGACUUGGACAAGGGCAUUGACCCGACCAGCCCUCUUUUCCAAGCCAUCCUAGAAAACCCAGUGGUACAAUUGGGUCUGACGAAUCCCAAAACACUUCUCGCCUUUGAAGAUAUGCUUGAAAACCCUUUAAACAGCACUCAGUGGAUGAACGACCCCGAAACCGGGCCUGUCAUGUUGCAAAUUUCUCGAAUCUUCCAGACACUGAACCGCACAUAGAAAGCGGCAAAUCUCCCGGCCGUGCCAUUUUCGGACUCUCUUUUUCGCUCGCGUCUUCUAAGGGAACCGGAGACACCAGUUGCUGAGAGAGAAAUCGUGUGACGGGUCCUUUUCUUUUCUCAGCAUAUUUUUUUCUUUGAGGGAGGGUAGAUGUGACACAGACUUUACUUUUCGUUUGCAGUUCUGGCUUUACACGCUGUGUGACUUUAUUAUUAUUUUUGUGUGUGUUAGCGGAAGGCGGUUUGAAGACAUAGGUGUGUUUUUCUUUCCGUGCAAGUGUUUCUGUAGAAACGGCAAACGGCGCGUCCAAAUGCAGGGGAAAAUAAGCCUUUUACAACUAUUUAAGAAUCUGAUCAUUGGUGAAAGGACAUCAUCCCUGUUUUUGAUGUUCCGGCUAAAUACAGACGUCCCCCAGUGGCCGUUGACUUGUCCACAACACAAACCCCAAGAGAAGGUUUACGUGGGGAGUCAAGGGAACGUUGACCUGUCCUUUAUUGAGUUCUGAAAUACAGAAGGCUUUUUCAACUGA